UACAUUUUUACAUAACUAUUUACAUUAUAUUUUGCGCCAUCUGUUUGCCGCGCGAAAGUUCAAUAGGUGUUUGACAGAAGUCUUAUUCGAACAUAACCUUAAUUUUUUGUUGUGGUGUUUCGUUUCGUGAACGGUUGAAGUAUUUAAAUAAUCUCUUCGAAAUGGCUCGUAACGCUGAGAAGGCCAUGACAACUUUGGCUCGAUGGAGAGCUGCACAGGUGGGCGAAUCAGAGAAGCACAAGAAGAGACGUCCGCAUUUGGCUUCGGAAUGCAAGAGUUUGUACGCCUGCGAAAAGUGGAGGAUGCAGAUAAUCAGGGAGAUCGCGAAGAAGGUGGCUCAGAUCCAGAACGCCGGUCUGGGCGAGUUCAGGAUUCGCGAUCUGAACGACGAAAUCAACAAACUGCUGAGGGAGAAGCGACACUGGGAGGCUCAGAUCAAAGAGCUCGGGGGUCCGGAUUAUCAGAGGGUCGGGCCGAGGAUGCUCGAUCACGAGGGCAAAGAGGUGCCUGGGAACAGGGGAUACAAGUACUUCGGUGCAGCUAAAGAAUUACCAGGCGUUAGGGAUUUGUUUGAGCAGGAGCCGCCGCCGCCUCCACGGAAGACGCGAGCUGAAAUGAUGAAGGACAUCGACGCCGACUAUUACGGAUACAUGGACGAUGAUGAUGGUAUUCUCGUCCCAUUGGAGACGGCAUCUGAAAAAAAAGCGAUACAAGCGGCGAUCGAAGGAUGGAAAUCGAAGAAGGAAGAGAGGUUGGCUUCGGGCGAAGUGGAAGCCGAGGAAGAGGAGGAGAAUAUCUACAAAAUCGAUGAGUCGGAUGAAGAGGAUGAUCAUGGGAUGGAACAGAUGAUGAUCGAUGGUUCGGUGCAAAGAUUCACCGCCCAUGUGCCGGUGCCGACGCAGCAGGAAGUGGAGCAGGCGUUGCUAAGACGCAGGAAACAGGAGCUUCUCGAGAAGUACGGGAUAGAAGAGGGAACGACGACGAAUUAACGUGAUCGACUUACCUCGCGUUUUGUUUCCGUUUCU